UGGAACAUCCCAUGUGCCAAUGUUAUUGGUAAUCGUUAUUUCGAUAAUUGAUACUUCAGACACUGUGCUCUCAGGUGGCCGUAUGUCAUUUCUCCCAUGACAUGCAGUCAGCCAAUCAGAUGAGAGUAUGCUUGUGCCUGCGUGGCUGCAAUCCUCUCAACAAACACAGACUGGAGAAGAGGUGUGUGUGUUUGCUACAACAUUACCUUUGCAUUUAACUGGGCAUAUCACAAAUGUCAUGUGUGAAACAGAAUUUACAUGCAGUGGUAGAGUGCAUGUAAAGGCCAUAAUGACGGAUUAUCAGGACCUUCUGCAAACCAUCAAGAGUUUGCAGCACUCCAGACUGAGCUAUAUAGAGCUUCUUCAAGAGGAGGUGAAGAGAAACCAAGAUAGACCUAGUGAGAAGAUCAAAUCUGAAGAGGACAGUGACGACUCCUCUAGACCUGCCACUUCAUCCCAUCACAUCAGCGCACAGAACGACCAAUUCACAGCACCCUACUCCAUUCCUCAAACCCUCACAGUGUCUCCAAGUCUGGGUGGGCAACCGCUGUCACCAGAGCUGGCGGUGAGUUUAAGAAAAAUUUUAUUUGGGAAUACCUUCCAUAUAUUCAGCUAUGAGUGGAAGAAAUCAUUCUUCAAGUUUCGGGAGCCUUUCUCUGACAUGGCUUAUGCUCUGGAGACUGAGAGGGUGGGAGGAGCCUGUGCUGUUCAGAUGGUGGUUCAGGCUCAUAUUAUUAAAUAUUUGCUCUUCAACCGGCCAGAGAACUCAGAUUGCACGAUGCAAAGUAUGGUAACGCUAGGGGAGAAGGAGCAGAGGAAGGCACUGGCAGCCGCUUUAACUGACAUCUUGUGGACAGCUGGUGAGGAGCAGACAGCUACCGUCUGCUUGGUCACGUCAGAGUGCUGUUUUACCCCCCACAUGGACUACAAACUGGACAACUUCACAGAGAGGUUGCAGCUUUUCACCUUUAAGAAGAAAGAAGAUAUUAGAUCAUUUAUAUGCGAACACAUCCAAUGUUUUAAGGAAGAAGGAAGUCAUGGAAUCAUACUUUUUCUGUAUAGCCUUAUCUUCUCCCGGACUAUUGACAGCAUACGGGCAGACUUCGAUUGUACCACCACUCAUCUUUUGCAUUUGAGCUUGGGGAACUUCGUUUGUCGACAGGCUUUAUUAAAUCUGCUGUUGACUGGCCGUGCGGCCCCUCAUGUCUUUAAUGGUACAUCACUGAAUGAUGAGCAAGACAAAGCACUUGCCCAGGCUCUCCAUGGGGUUCUGACUCGCAGUCAUGUUGGAUAUCUGCUCUGGAACAGAGAACAAGUCAACCAUGCACAGCUUCCCGUGGUGGGCAGCAUGCUGAAAACCCCCAAGCUGCCUAUCUGGGUGUGCAACAUCAAUGGCACCUACAGUGUUUUGUUCAGCCCAAACCGUUCAUUGCUCUCUGACUGGAAAAUGGAGCAUCUUUUCCAGCUUUACUUCUACAAUGGCCAACCAACUCAGCUCAAAACAACAAUGCUCACCAUAGAUACACAUUCCCAUCACUGGGAGGCUGAAAAUAAUGACAUUCAAGGAGACCCAGAAAAAAAGUUUCCAUCUGUAGAGAUGACCAUUAGGACCAAGUGGGAGGGAGCUGUUAUUGGCUGGAAUGGGACAGUGCCUUUUUUCUGAAGAGGUUUAAAACAGGGUCACCUGAUUUGUAGCAUACAUCUCCUGGCCUGCAAUAUAGAAUAUUUUAUAGACUGAUAUACAUUUUGAUUUGGGACCUAAUUUUGACUUUCGUUUUGGCUUGUAAAUCUUAAUAACAUGAUUAACCAUUCACAACCUACCCAUUUGACCAUCUCAACAUCUUAGCAUUUAAACAAAAGUGAAAAACUUACAUAUGUAAGACAUGACAAAGAAGCAAAGUAUUUUGAUGGUUAGAAAUACAUUCAAAUCUGGUUUACACGUCUCAUAGAUAUUGAACUCUUUUUUUGGUGCCUAAAUGAUUUAGCCUCCACACAUGUUCUUCUAUUCGGAUCCGAUAUGGGUGCAAAUUG